UAUGGAAUUUGGCUGAAGUGUAUAUAUCAUCAUCCUCUGCACCCAUCCGGGCAUAUAUAUGGCUAGAAUAUUACACCGAUAUUGGGCGCACAAAAACCUACAGGGAGAGAUUCAUUUAGAAGGUAAUAAAAUCGUGGAGGGACCAGCAGAUGAGCAAUCAAACUCAACCAGCUCGGGAAGGAGGAAGCAAAAGGACAGCAGCAGUUGCAGUCCAGGGGAUGGCUCCAACAUUUCCGCACAGUUCGGGUAAUUCCGCUGGAGAUCGCUUCGACUCUGAGGAUGCACACAAUGACCAGAGACCAGGAUGGAGGAAGUUUAUGGCAUUUGUCGGUCCGGGAUUCCUCGUUUCUCUGGCCUAUCUUGAUCCAGGAAACUUGGAAACUGAUCUCCAGGCUGGAGCAAAUCACAGAUAUGAGCUUCUAUGGGUUGUUCUGAUCGGAAUGAUGUUCGCGCUCAUCAUCCAAUCGCUCGCUGCGAAUCUUGGGGUAACCACUGGAAAGCACUUGUCGGAGUUGUGCAAGGUGGAGUACCCAACGUUGGUGAAGUACUGCCUGUGGCUGCUCGCCGAGGUCGCUGUUAUUGCUGCCGAUAUACCUGAAGUGAUUGGGACAGCCUUCGCUCUCAACAUAUUGUUUCGCAUUCCCUUAUGGGCUGGUGUUCUCCUCACCGGUCUAAGCACUCUUUUGCUGCUUGGCCUACAGAGAUAUGGGAUACGAAAGCUCGAAUUGCUAAUAGCAGUUUCGGUCUUCAUAAUGGCUGGAUGCUUCUUCGCUGAACUGAGCUAUGUAAAUCCUCCUGCUUCUGAGGUGAUGAAGGGAAUGUUCAUCCCCAAGCUCUCUGGGAAAGGAGCGACCCCGGAUGCCAUUGCCCUUUUGGGUGCGCUGGUCAUGCCGCACAACCUUUUCCUGCACUCCGCUCUUGUUCUCUCCCGAAAAGUUCCGAGGUCAGUCCAUGGCAUAAACGAUGCGUGUCGAUAUUUCCUCAUAGAAAGUGGAUUUGCAUUGUUCGUGGCGUUCUUGAUUAACGUAGCUGUCGUCUCUGUGUCUGGAACAGUUUGCUUUGCAGAGAAUAUUUCGAGCGAAAAUGCCGAUCGAUGCAGCGAUCUAACUCUUAAUUCAGCUUCCUUUCUCCUUAAGAAUGUGUUAGGACAAUCUAGUUCGACCAUUUACGCCAUUGCGCUACUCGCCUCUGGGCAAAGCUCCACUAUUACUGGCACGUAUGCAGGACAAUAUAUCAUGCAGGGAUUCUUGGACCUGAAGAUGAAGAAAUGGCUGAGGAACCUGACGACAAGGUGCAUUGCCAUCAUUCCGAGUUUAGUUGUUUCGAUAAUUGGAGGUUCUUCUGGGGCUGGUAGACUCAUAAUCAUCGCAUCGAUGAUUCUCUCCUUUGAACUUCCAUUUGCUCUCAUCCCACUCCUCAAAUUCAGUAGCAGUGCGACGAAGAUGGGACCGCAUAAGAAUUCCACAUAUGUGCUUGUAGUCUCAUGGAUUCUAGGUGCCGGAAUCAUCGGUAUCAACAUCUACUACCUCAGCACAGGAUUUGUGGAGUGGCUGAUCGGGAAUGGUCUCCCAAAGGUUGCCAAUGCCUUUAUCGGGAUCUUAGUGUUUCCCCUCAUGGCAGUUUACAUCCUUGCUGUGAUCUACCUGACUUUUCGAAAGGACGUGGUUGCAACCUUUAUCGAUCCUACAAGCCUAACAUGGAGAUUGAGGCCAAUCGUUCCAAGCAUUUCGAGUUGAAGUCAGUUCCUUGUAGAGAUGAUUUAGCGGAUGUUCCUAUUUCUCAAUAGAUAGUGGAUAAUUGUUACAAUAAAAAUGAAGGUAACAAAUCGAAGUUUUAGCCAAUCACUACAAGAAAUUUUAUAUGUAGUGACAAAUUCUAUUGCUAAGAAAGAAAUUUAGUACAAGAAAAGUAUAUUGUAAUAAGAAUAUUAAAUUAUACUAAAUAAAGUCUCAUAAUGUACAUACUUAA